CAGGUGGAGGACACGACCGCGAGAGGAACCAUCGCCGCGCCGUCACUUCAGGCGAGAACUCGAAAAUCGAUAGAGCGAUAUAUUUCCGAUCGGGGCACGAAAGAGAUAAGCCUAGAGGGAUACCCGCAACUUUUGCUUUCGUGGUUGGAGAAGUCAAGUCUGCUUAUUUCGACGUCGUGGAUAAAAAGCGGAGGGAAAAAAAAAAAAAACGAGUCUGGAAAGAUAAUCUGACCUAUUCGAAUUUCUGACACGUUGUGUGCCAAUUACAUACCAUGAAUGGAAAAGGGAAUGCAAAGGCAGUUCGUUAUGCAUUCCUGUGAAGAGUGAUAUACGUACACACACAUAUAUGUAUAUACACAAGGAUUUUCUUUAGAAUAUUUAGUGGUGAUCUUCUAAAGCUUACAACGGUUAAAAAAUCGUGCUUUAUACGAUUGUGAAACAAUCAAAUAUCAAAGGUUUGAGUUAGUGCGAAAGUGAUAAGUAAGAUAUCUUGGAAAAUAGCAUGAAGAUAUAUUUAGGAAAUAAAGCAAAAUGUCCCACUUAGGAAAUAAAGGCCUAUUUUCCUUCGGUAUAAAGGAGGUAAACAUUCACGUAACUGGUUAGUGUAUGAUACAAGAGGAAUACAGUAGUACGUAAUAAAUCUACAAAAGUAGAGGAUUAACUUUCACGAAAAAAAUGCCGCUCAGACAUCUUGUCCAAUUCUCCAUUGUGCUUAUCGCCUCAGGCGUGAGUUUGAGAGCGGAGGAUGAACUCCCCAAGCUCUCCUCGAGUGUUGACCCAGGCCAGCAAGUUCCAGACAACUACACUCCCUCGCCCGACGACGUACUGGAGGGGGAAAUUUGGCCCGAGGCACUCACCUUAAAUACACAGAGCCCCGACCCUCCGGUGCAGAAUAACACCGAGAUCCUGGCCCAAGUGGGUGGGGAGGCUACGUUCAGCUGCGUCACGCACCACCUCUCCGAUGAAAUGGUCACUUGGUUGAAAAGAGACGACGACCAGCUGUUGACGGUGGGCCAACAGGUCUACGCGGCUGAGCCCAGGUUCACAGCUACCCACUCUCACCAGAAUAAGGCUUGGGAAUUGUGGGUAAAAGAUGUCCAGCUGUCAGACGCUGGCCAGUACGAAUGUCAGAUCACCACCCACCCACCUGUGACAUUUUACUUCACCCUCAAAGUUACUCAGGCUGAAGCCAGAGUGAGCGGCCCAAGUGAGGUGCACAUCGAAGAAGGAUCUAAGCUGGCGCUGGAGUGUCACGUCAAGUAUGCUGCAGCUCCUCCAGUGUACAUAUUUUGGUACCAUAACUCAACAAUGGUCAAUUACGCCAACCAGCGUGCUCUCGAGGUACAGCACGGUAACUACUCGAGCAGCCUCGUUGUCACUCGAGUUAGGGCAUCUGACGCAGGGACAUAUACUUGUGAGCCUCAUCUGGCAACACCGGCUAAUAUCACUGUCCAUGUGGUUACUGGUAAGAAGCCAGCGGCCAUGCAACACGGUAGAAACCCAGGCGACGCAAGCGCGGCUUGUCGACCUCAACUCCCCUUCAGUCUGCUUCUACUUCUCCUCCUGUUCGCCAUCUCCCUCACGAGUCUGCCCAGCGAGCCGAGUAAAGUUAGCAAGUAGUAAGUGCCCCUUGGAGGGAUCAGCCGUCCUUCCUGGACACGAAGGCACAAGAGGAGGAGGCGGGCGAGUCAGAUACAACCGGUACUCGAGACGAGUUGCGAAAUUAUGCCCCCUUGGAAAGAUCCACCGAGCUGGACGUACGAGAGGAAAACUCGUCCUUCAGAGGGGAAUGGAUUAUUGCCAAUAAGAUUCUAGAGUCUCUGGAUGUGCGUCAGUAUCAGCGUCUGAAUUUCUUCAACUCUUCCUUCUGGAGUAUCUGGAUUCGUUUCUUGGUUGUGCGAAGGACGAGAGACGGAAAAAGGUGGUAAACUAGUGCCGCGAAUUUCUUUCCUAACAGCCCAACUCUGUUUUAUUUUAUUUUUGUUUUCCCCUUUCGUGUACAUAUAGUGUUUGGCCAAUGUUGACUCCUUUCUCUGUCUCGCCCCACCCAACUCCUCCCUAUGAAAUUCAAUCUAGAUAUUGGCGAAAAGCCAAAGAAAGCUGUAGCUCCUACGGAGUGUUUAUCUCUAAAUAUCGUUUCUAGGGAAAUCAAGGAGAUGUACUUUUUAUUAUUCUGUGUUCUAGAAAAAAAAAAAAACAUAAUAAAGUAAAUGGAGGUCUAGUCCAUAUUUCUAGGGCAAUUCAGACAUCACAGCAGAUAUACAUACUAACUUGAAAAUGCAUAUGAAAUAUUUUGAAAGCCCCCGAAAAAUGAUUUUUAAGGGUGGUUAAUUGUUACUUCCACUUUUUCCAGACUACUUAAGAGUCUUCCUCUCAUGAUUCCAGAACGCGAGGACGACUGACACUAACCGAUGCUCAUUUGUUUCCGUUGACUGUUUGUUUUUGUUGAUAUACUCAUUGCUACUUUCUCAUAGUUUCAAGUUCUAUUUUCUAUCUGGUACAUCAUUAUUCAUUUGUUUCCAUAUGUCUAUUAUAAAAAAAAUUCUUUCAUUCUCGUAUUUACUACGACUGAAUAGAUUAAAUUCUCUGCAUAUUACUUUGUCUUAAUAAUCUAGUCUAAAUGUGUCAGUAUCCGCGUAUGAUACAUUCCCUAUGUUAUGUGAUAAUAGGUUUAUAAUAGGGCGUUUUGAUAAGCAAAAUUAUCUAUCAUCUGGUUUAGGGAACCUAAUUUCCUGGAAUGUCUGCAAUUAUUUCUCUUCCGAGACCAAAAGUCCUGCAAACGUUGUUGAUAAUGUGGUCACGAACUGGAAUCGUUACGAAGGAUUGUUCCUUUCCUUUAUAUAACAGAAACUGUGGGAAAGAAAUCUGUAUUUCUCGAAUCAAUUAAAUUUGUAAUGGAAGUUAACCUAACUGGCCGAGUCUAGGAAUGUUCUUGUCCCGGACGCUUCUUCAAUAGAGCAUUGCUGUUUUUUUACAGUGAUCUUGCCAUAACUAUUUGUAGUUACACUCUUUGUACAGUACACGUUUGACUAUUAUCAUCAUAUAAAUAUAGAUAUAUAAAUAAAUAUAUAAAUAUAGUGUUCCGUUGCACAAGGGAAGCCCAGCUUACAGAGGACGUGGAUGGAAUCCUUUGGUAUCUGGGCUCGAGUGGAUGGAAAAGUGAGUCAAAUUUGUGUUUGUCAGCCAAAAAUGAAAUGACUUGAACGUACCCUGAGGUCAAGACGACGAGGUCGUCUGCCACGACGAUGUUUUUCUUUGCGUUUGGAAGACGUUCAUUUUUUCAUUUGUCAGGGGAAUAGCCUACUAUUAACCAUAUCCAACAACGUUUCGUAUUGAUGGGCAUUAAUGUUGGUACAUAAGUGUGGAGGAAAAUGCUUCCUUACUUAAAUGCUCCGACGGAGUUUGGUAGAGAGGGAUGAAACGUGUAGAUGAAAGCUAUAACAAAUCGAAGUCCUAAAAUAAAAGGAGAAGAAGAAACUGUCGAUAAGCUGUUAGUUUCUUUGAUUUCGUUCAGGGCCUGGUGUGUUUGGCUUCCUUAACUCGGAAACGUUCGUCAUCCAUUUCAAGAUCAAACGCCUCGCCCAAAGUGUCGGACGGACAUUGAAAUAAAUAUAUACAUAUACUUUCUUGUCUAGUCGUCUAAUGAUUUAUGAAAAUAUCUUGGUAUACUUGCUUCACUCUUAUUGUUACACAUCUUGGUGCAUAGAAUUAUAAUGGAAAUAGUCACACUCAACUCUCAGGUUUAUGCUAAUUAUUUUCUCUCGUCAGAAUCUCUCAUGCGAUUUUGCAAUGUGUAUCUAGGGAACUUUGUUGGCCAUGAUAUUAUAAUUUUUCCUUUAAAAGACAAAAAAAAGUCUAAGAGAAAGCCUUAAUCAAAGCAUUUCCACGUAACCCAAAGGUUUUUUUAAAAGGGUGUUUAAUUUUUAUUUUAUACCAAGAAAGUCUGUGUCUUUUAAUCAGAAUAAGGAGGUCUUAUUGCUCUAGAUAACUUUGAAUAAUAAAAGAUGAAUAAGACUAUAUAAAAAAAUACCCUUUGUGAUCGAAAAGCUGAAAAUUUAGUUUCUUACUGAAUGAAAAUAAUAUAACCAGGAAUGAAAACUGAAAAAAGCUUCUAGUUUUGUUAAAAAUAAAAAGGGGGAUGGGCAUUUAAUUCUUAAGAGUAAUCAUGAAUAGUUCAUACACGAAUGUCAGGCGGAGGAAUGAAGGAUAAUAUGGUGUCCUUCAUGAAAGUGAAAGAUAAUUUUGUAAGGCACAUGUUAUGAAAAAUAAUUUCCAGAGAGAAACAAAAAAUAAAUGAAACAAAAUGCAUCCGCUGUGAUCGGUAUCGGUACUCAGUAGGUAUGAACUAACUGUACAUACAUUGUCAUUUGUGUUGUAAAUUGUACGAUAUUUUCAUGUUAUGAUUGUUUCUAUGGCUUUACAUCAGGAAAUGUACCUGGCGCCAGAUGACUACUAUAUAUAUAUUCCACCCAUAAUAAAUAAAUAAAAAAAAGAAAAUUUGGUGUAUAAAUAGUAUUUGAAUUGUUUGUGUACAGAGGAAGAAGAAUGUGAAGUAUUUGAAAUUCUAUAUACAGAUGUAUAGUAUUUAUUAUUUUUUUAUCAUUUCCGAAUGAAUACUAUGAUGCUGAACUUGAAAAAAUGCAGGAACCGUACAUACAUAUGUAUAACUAUGACACUGUUUUUUUUAUUAGAUAAUAUUGUACCUCGUAAACAGAUAUAAAUUCACACAAACAUAAGUACACAGGUGUGUAUGUAUAUAUAUAUAUAUAUAUAUAUAUAUAUAUAUAUAUAUAUAUAUAUAUAUGAAUUUGAAUAUAAAAUAAACUACAGACCAAGGUAAAGAUACGUCUUUGAAUUCAACAGUGAAAUGUACAUAUGAAUAAAACACUGUAAAAUGUAUGACUGCAAUGUAACCAUUUCAAGACACGAACGACUGUAUGAUUGUCAAAAAGGAAGCAGUCUAAGCUGAAUAUAGCUUCGAGGAAUAGCUUUACUUUAAGCUGGCGAACCCGAAGUAACCUUGAGUAUAAGAAGCGUAAAAGUCUACUACAGUAUCUAUCCAGAACAAAUCAAGGUACGUCUGCCGAGACGUUGCUGCUCAAAUGUGUAAAAGGUUCGAGAAAACUCGUCAAACUUCUCCUGUUGGUUUUAUUCAUUAAAAAAAGCAAAAUGAAUUAGUUUUUUCCUUUGAUUUCUCUUUUUUCCAAAUCUUUAUCCUAUUAAUAUCUCUGUGUUUCAUGUGAAGUGUCAUAUAUUUAUAUGUAUUUUGACAAUAAAAACUAGAAAAGAGA